CAGCUUCGCUUGACACUAUUUGAUUGACAUUCAAGAAAUAAACCAAUUUGUGAUGAAAUUUAUUCAUUGUAAUAUAAUAUUUGGGAUUUCGGUGAAGUUUUGGCUAUAAUUUAAGUCUCAACAACAUGGAAGCUGUCCCUAAAUUACCGAUGCUCAGCUUCGAGCUGAAGUCGAGUCCAGAAAGUACACAUUUCGGGCCUAAACUUAAACAGUAUAUAUCUGAAGUUUAUCGAGAGGAUCCAGAUAGUUACAGCAAUGAGAUGCAUCAACUCGAGGGCCUGCGGUCGGCCGCCGUGAGGCCGAUUAGUGACAUAACGGGCCUUAGCGUAAUGAACAGAUACUUUUGUCAGCUACGUGCUAUGCAAAGCCGUUUCCCAAUGGCGAAAGGACAACCCGCUGCUUGCACUUUUGUCUGGAAAGACCUCUAUGCCAACAUGAACUGUUCACUAGCAGACUUGCGUUUCGAAAUGGCUUGUAUACUUCACAACAUUGGGGCUCUUUUGACUCAACUGGCUGCUUCAGAGCCUCGUACAACAGCAGACAGUCUUAAGGCUGCGUGUACUAGAUACCAGAAUGCUGCCUGGGCAUUUCAGUAUGUUAGAGAGCAGUACCCUCAGCCAACAGGUGUGGAUCUGUCAUCAGAGAUCCUGAGGUUGUUUCAGGAAAUAUGCUUUGCCCAAGCCCAAGAGUGCAUUCUUGAUAAGAGCAUCCAGGAUACCAAGAAACCCAGUGUAGUUGGGGCUGUGGCCACCCAGGUCCUUAUAUUCUACCGAAACUCCAUGGGUCUACUCGGACCAUCUGCUGGAGCUGACACGGUACAUGAGAUUGUUGGCACCAAACUCUACAACUAUUGGUAUCGGUACCUUCAGUUCAAAUGUGCUUACAUCGGCUCUAUUGUUUGCCUAUAUCAAGGUAUGCAUGCUGAAGAACAACAGAAGAUGGGCGAGCGGGUAGCUUUCUAUCAACAAGCGGUUGAAAAACUGGCCGAAGCCAGGAAGCUUGCCAAGUACAUAGAGCCAGUUCAAAUAACCCAGGAGGCUAUGACCUUCACCAACGACGUGGUUGAAGGUAAACGGAAGGCAGCGAAGAAUGAGAACGAGUUUAUUUACCACGAAGAAGUGCCGGAUAAGGAUCUGCUGACGGAAUUGAAACCAGUGUGCUUGGUUAAAUCUUUGCCGAUUAAUUACAACGAUCCAGAUAUCUCUGGUCCCGACAUAUUUUCGCGUCUGGUUCCUAUGGGGGCUCACGAGGCGUCGUCAUUGUACUCCGAAGAGAAGGCAAAACUCCUGAGGCAGGUGAUGUCGCAGGUGGACGCCAAGAAUACGGAGCUGAUGGAGUUCAUGUCGUCAUUACAGUUGGAUCAGCUUGAAGUCAUACAGAAUGAGCAGAAGAUUCCGCAAGAGAUAGUUGACAGAUGUGCUGCAAUGAACGCCAAGCAGGAAGUCAUACAAACGUUGGUGGACUCCAUGAACAGUCUCGCUGAGACCAUCAGUGAUGUGGAGCAUAUGCUGACGGAGAUCAAGACAUUGAUACAGGAGGACACCCGCAAAGAGAAGGAGUUCCAACAGGUGAUGGGUCCCCGCCCUCCGUCGCUGGUGCAGACGGAGUACACUCGGGAGUACCACAAGUACCAGGAGGCACAUUCCAGAACCACCGAGAGCAAUCAGGUUCUGCAUAAAGCUAUGACCCUACACAUCGCCAACCUGCGACUGUUGGCCCAGCCUCUAGACGUGCUGCAAGCCAAGAUUCCCAGCGUUGAGAACAUUGAAGGCCUAGACCGGGAGACUAUGAUGGAAAUGCGCCGAGUCGUCGGCAAAGCCAAGGAGAUGCAAACCCAGAGGGAUUCGUUAGUGCAGCAAUUUAGAGAAGCCGUCACAUCAGAUGAUAUCACAGCUCAAUUAUUAGCAAGAAGCUCUGAGGAUGCCAAUGAAAUAUUCAAACAGGAGAUUGAAAAACAUACGCCUAAGGUGAAAAUAAUUGAACAAAACCUAGCGGCUCAAGAGAAUAUAAUAAACAGGCUGACGUCACUGUACGCCAGUUACGGCGAAUCUAGACGGCUGCUCACCGAAGUGUUGAGGAAAAGAGAAGGACUUAUCAACGCUCUGAUCACUUCUUACGACACAUACGAAGAGCUUUUGGGCAAGUCACAAAAAGGGCAGGAGUUCUACAAGAAGCUGUCUCACAAUAUGAGCACCACAUUGAAUAGACUCCGAGGUAUAUGUCAAGUGCAGGACGAAGAGAGGACGGUGCUGUUGGCCAAACAGUCCGCUAAAACUCCUCCGACUUCAGCCGCCACCACACCGGCCCUGCCCACCGCCCGGACUUCGGAAGCGACCACCGCGCCAUCUUCUGGAUCCCGGAAGCUAAAAGAUUACCUUCCGUACAUGAAGAAUAGAUCGCUUGCCGCACGAAUACCUCCUGCUGCCCAAAUUGAAGCGGUACAACCGGAUUCAUAUUACCCAGAGUCCAUCUACCCCACUUCGGUCAGACCAGCGCCACUUGGAUCCGAAGCUACAGAUUUGUCACAAAUGCCCGAUGGCGUGGUCCCAGGAGCGCAAAACCCAAAUCCCUACAUGAGAUACAAUUCGCCAUACGCGCCAAGCGAAACUGACUCUUACGUCCCCACCAGCAGUUACGGAUACCCGAAAAAUUCCUAUGAAAAGCCCGAGGAACAACAAUACAACUACAGCACAUCAUACACCCCACCACAAUUUUCUACGCAAAUGGCAGACCCGCAAAUUUAUUCGAACCCCUACUAUUCGGCAACUCAAAACAAUACAACCGCUGUGACAGAUUCCCAGAAUACUUCCUACCCUAACGUCAGUCAAGCCAAUAUGGCGCCUACGACUUCGCAAUACGGCACUUACACCGAUCACUAUAACCCUGCUAAUCAUAUGAGCACUAUCCCUGAAGCGCCUUCUGUGUCACAGCAAUACCCCUCACAUAAUCAGGAUUUUAAUACGAACUUCGCUCAAAUGCACGUCUCUGGCCCCAAACAAGAGCCAGGCUACGGCGCAGAUUAUUCCCAAACUUACUACAGCGUUCAAUACCCACAAAACUCCACACACAAUAUGGCCACUUACAGCCAUGCGCCGCAAAAUUCAAACACUAAUAUGACCCAUUCUCAAAUUCCUACUGAUUACAACUCUUUAAAUUAUCCAUACAGCAGUGAUCAGCAAUACCAAGCGAACCCUGGAGCUUCAACAGCGUAUAGCAGUACUGAUUAUGCUAACUACAUGUCCCAAGCUUACCCUGUUUACACAAAUUCGGAGAGUAUAGUUACGUCUACUACCAGUGUUAUGCAUAACCCGACCAGCCAUUCCGGCAUUCCUUCUAAUUCAGCUUCCAUCCCAGCUGGUACGGCCACCAGCUUUAACAUGACCAAUCCUUCAGGUGUUCCCAAUACAACUACUCCAACUUUACCUCAAAAUAUGACAAAUCCAAUCAGUAUCCCUAACAAUCCAGAGAGUGUGGCCAAUCCAGCCGCUAUUGUACGUCCGUACAACGUUCCCGGUCAAGAUCCCAGCUACAUUGACCCAAAUGUAUUGUCUCAAUUAGACGCUUUCGAUAAGCCAAUAAAAUCUCACGUGAGAGGUGAAGCUCUUUCCGCAACUACAUUCAAUUCAAAUUUUCCAUCUUAUCCCACUCCGCAAACAACUUAUACUCCGUCUGAGCAAAGUUCGCAACCGACGCCGUCUUACCCCACUCCCCCAAUGAAUUAUAAUCCGGCCGAACAAAGUACGCCAACGACUUCUUACCAGUACACUGAUCAGACGACAAACUAUGUCCAAACCUUCCAAAAUCAUCCGGGUUAUAACUUCAACGCAGCGACUGGAGCUUACGAAUACAGCUAUGGAUCUCAAAAUUCGUACAGCGGUUACUCGAACCCAGAUCAAGUGAAUAUCAAUCCUCAAUCUGUGGAAGGGGCAAAUUGGUCUGCUCAGGGUGUUUAUACAAGUGCUGGUGGUUGCGACACUGUACAGUCACCUUCAGAAGCUCCUCAAGGAGCGUCACAAAUUGAACAAAAUAAUCAGACGUAUUAUAAUGCGCCAUAUGGAUAUCAAACUACAACAAUGCCUUCAAAUGAAGUGGUGACUCAAGUCGAGCCAGUAUCGACUAAUUAUGGUGCCGACGUAAAUCAAUCGACUUAUAUGCAGUCAGGGCAGGCUCAGGAUACGAGUGUGACAUUUAGUAACAACCAAGUGACAACUCCCAAAGAAGAGAUGGCACCGCCGAAUUUUGAACCAAACCCACCAGCGUCUGAAAUAGUACCAGAAACGCCGAAAGUUGAGGAGAAAGUAGUAAAUGAAUCAGUUUUUGAUCUUCUAUCUGAUAUUGAUUUCACAGUUGAGCAUAAACCUUUACAGCCGGAGAUCAAAGUGCCACAGAUUUCCGAAAGCGCUUUAAAGAAACAUGUUUUUACGCCUAAACCUGAAAUAGUAAAACCAGUGGUGAAAGAGGAAGUUAUUGAAAGGCCACCUAAAAGGGAUAUAUUCGCAGACCCUGGGCUGUUGAAUAAGUUCACACAAGAGGUGAAGAAUUUGCAAAUGUUGGUCGAUUCGUUGACCAAUGUGACUCAGGGGGGGAUGACGGUGUUAGACGCAAAGUGGAAGAAGUUCCAAGAAGUACAGACCAAAGAAAAUAUGACGAGAUCAAAGACUAUGGCGAUGCGGCACUGUAAUGGCAACAUCGUGACGGAAGUAGUGCCUUAUGACGACUCCAGACUGACACUCAAGUCUGAUCCUGACGCGUAUAUCAACGCUUCGUAUUAUAAGCAAUUGACCUCAUGGUGCAUUCCUUUAGUGAUAUCGAAAACGCCUUCCGAAGAAGAAUGUGGAAUAUUCUGGAAGGCAGUGUUAGAGUACAAGAUCGCCUGUAUUGUUUGCUUACUUAGCGAAAUUGAGAUGCAGGGGAAAUUCUACUGGCCGACAGCUAAAGGUCAAUCAUUGGAGUAUCCUGGCCUAAAGGUCACCUUGGACGACGUGACCUGCACCGUACACUGGACUGAAAGAAAACUCCGUUUGACCAGCGGAAGUUCUGUGUUGGCUGUCACCCAUUUUCAGAUCAACGUGUUCCCAGCCAAGAUCGUCUGUUCCCCUCUUGUUCUCCUAGUAGACAAGGUGCUAUCGCUCACCAGCAGUGAGUUAUCUUGCUCGUGGCUGCAGUGUGCGGCGGGCGCGGGACGCAGCGCGUUGUUGGCGGCGCUACUGGCGGUAGUGGCGCAGAUACGCUCCGGGGGCACCUGUCUCAUUGAUAUUCUAGACGAGGCUCUCAUAAACCUCUGCAAGCACAGAAGCAAUGUGUUAGAAGACACCAAAUUCGUGGCGGACGCGUACCGGACUGCUCUGUUCUUCGUGCAGGGCGUACUUUGCUCUGGUACAACCAUGUUCAACGGCGAGGCUGUAUCGUUCCCGUCCGGGGCCGGCGUCCUCCCCCCGGUCCCCCCCGCCCCCGCAGCGGCGCCAUCUUCCGGACAACGCAACAAAUUCUCCCGGGAAUCCUUCGAGGAGAUGAAGCAGUCCCCGGGACUGAAGAGCGGCGAUAUGAAAGACCCCCUCAACUUUUUGGACCCCCUGUGGAGUUUAAAGAAGAAAUGAGAGAACUAAAAUGUUUGUAAUGUUUAUAGGAAAAUCCAUCAAAAAUAAAUAGAUUUAUGUUUUAAAAUAAAGAUCUCGUGUCUGUUUGUUUCCUUGCAAGAUUUUAACUCUUAGACAACAAAUUUUUUAAUUCCAGUAAUUAUAAUUAAAUUUUUCUUAUAGACGUCUUAAAUGCAAGGUAGGCAAAACGAAUUGUCUUGAAAAGAUUCGAAGGCUGGAUUUCUAUGAACGUCAUAGAAAUCCAUUCGAAAAUCUAAGGGUUUAUACCGAUUAAUUGCCAUUUUAACCCCCGACGAAAAAAGAGGGGUGUUAUAAGUUUAUAUUUGAUUGGUUUUCCUUUUUGUAUGCAAUAUAAAGUAUUUACAGUGUGUCAUUCUUAAAUUGCAUUUAAAAGUAUAUUUUAAUUAAUUUGUUAUUAACAUGAUUUAUGAAUUUGGUUAGCUCUUAUAUAAAUUUAAUUGGAUGAAAGUGGGGGGAUAUAAGGCUACAUCUAUUCGAUUAUCGGAUAUAUAAAUAUUGUCACGUUUUAUCAGGGAUUGACAGAGUCUCGGACUGUGAAACAUUAAAUAAUUUGUAAGUAUUAAUAUAUCUUAAACUUUUAUAUCAAUUGUUCUAUCCUAUUGUAUGGGAGGGGGAUGAGGCUGGAUGUGUUAAAAUCGAUUUGAUAUAACAUAAUAUUUGGUAACAGUGACUGACGGAAAAAUUGUGGUAGCUUUGUGAACAUUUAUAUAAUUUAUAUAUAUAUAUUUAAACUACAAUAUUAAUUAAUUAUAUUAGUUACAUUCCGAUAUAUGAAAUACUACUUGUAUGCAAAAUAAAAUUUUUAGGUGUUGCAGUAAAAUGUUUAUUUAGAAUUAAAUCAUACUCUAGAUUGUAUAGUAGUAUAAAAAAUAUAAAUUAAAGCUAAAGUAUUAACCGUUUGGAUGAAUAUUGAAAUUUUAGUUCAACGGUAGUUGAUAUUUACAGUGUACUCAAUAAAGUGAUUG